AUGUCGUCGUCCUUGGACAAGGAAUUGAUUUUCUUGAUUCUUCAAUAUUUAGAGGAUGAGAAGUUCAAGGAAACUCAGCAUAAGCUUGAGCAAGAAUGUGGUUUCUUCUUCAAUAUGAAGUAUUUUGAAGAAAAAGUCAUGAAUGGAGAGUGGGAGGAGGUUGAGAAGUACGUCGGUGGGUUUAUAAAACUCCAUGACAAUCGAUACUCCACGAGAACAUUCUUUGAGAUUAGGAAGCAGAAGUAUUUUGAAGCCCUCGACAGCCAAGACAAACCGAAGGCUCUUGACAUUCUGGUGAAAGAUUUAAAAAAAUUUUCAACGAUUAACCAAGAAUUAUACCAAGAAAUUACGCAGCUUUUAACCCUUGACAACUUCAGGGAAAAUGAACAGUUGUCAGAAUAUGGUAAUACUAGAUCAGUUCGAAGCAUGGUGCUCUCAGAGCUUAAGAAACUGAUAGAAGGAAAUCCCCUCACUAGAGAUAAGCUUAUAUUACCUUCAUUCGAGGCCUCACGGUUACGAACCCUGAUUAAUCAGAGCUUUAAUUGGCAGCACCAGCUAUGCAUGAACCCUAGGCCAAAUCCGGACAUAAAAACUCUACUCACUGACCACACUUGUUCACCCCCAGCUACUCCUGUCACUCUUCCUGUCACGGCUGUUGCAAAGCCUUCAUCAUCUUAUGCACCACUUGGUGGACCAUUUCAACCAGCCCCAACGGCUGCUCAUGUUAAUACUAUAGCAGGAUGGAUAACGAAUGCAAAUUCUUCCUCAUGUAUUCAAACACCUGCCUCUGCUGCUUCAUCAAUGCCUGGUCCCUCAAAUCAAGUCUCUGUUUUGAGGCAUUCAAGAAUACCUUCUAAUACUCUGGGAAUGAUGGAUUAUCAAAAUAUCAAUCGUGAACAACAAAUAAAACGUUCGAGGCCAUCACAAUCUGUUGAGGAGGUCACUUAUCCAGCUCAACCCCAACAACCCUCUUUGUCACUUGAUGACCUUCCUAGAACUGUUGUUUGUACGUUACAUCAAGGAUCAACAGUGACAAGCAUGGAUUUUCAUCCUUCCGUUCAUUCUUUACUUGCCGUUGGUUGCGGAAAUGGUGAAAUUUCACUCUGGGAAGCUGGGAUGAAAGAGAAACUGACAUCAAAGCCUUUCAAAAUAAAGGAUAUUGCUGCUUGUUCUGUCUAUUUUCAGGCUGUAAUUGCCAAGGAUUCAUCUAUAGCUGUCAACCGUGUUUCAUGGAGCCCAAAUGGAAAUUUUAUUGGGGUUGCUUUCACAAAACAUUUGGUUCAUUUGUAUGCUUAUCAAAGACCUAAUGAUCUACAUCAGAAUUUGGAGAUUGAUGCUCAUAUCGGUGGUGUUAAUGACUUGGCAUUUUCUUGUCCAGACAAACGACUAUGCAUUAUAACUUGUGGGGAUGAUAAGUUAAUAAAGGUGUGGGAUUUGAAUGGACGGAAGCUCUUCAAUUUUGAAGGACAUGAAGCACCAGUUUAUUCUGUUUGUCCCCAUCAGAAGGAAGGUAUUCAGUUUAUAUUUUCAACUUCUGUCGAUGGGAAAAUCAAGGCCUGGCUGUAUGAUAACUUGGGCUCUAGGCUUGACUAUGAUGCUCCUGGACAGUGGUGCACCAAACUGCUCUAUAGCGCUGAUGGAAGUAGAUUGUUUUCCUGUGGGACAAGUAAGGAUGGAGAUUCAUUCCUAGUUGAGUGGAACGACAAAGAAGGUGCUCUAAAGAGAACAUAUUCUGGGUUUCGAAAGAAAUCUGCUGGUGUUGUGCAAUUUGACACAACAAAGAAUUGUUUUUUGGCUGUUGGUGAAGAUAACCAGAUAAAGUUUUGGAAUAUGGACAAUAUCAAUGUUUUGACAAGUAUAGAUGCUGAGGGUGGUCUUCCUAGUCUUCCUUGCUUGAGGUUCAACAAGGAAGGAAAUCUGCUUGCUGUUACUACUGCAAAUGGUGGUUUGAAAGUCCUUGCUGAUACUGAUGGCAUGAAGUACUCAAGAGAAAUUGGAGCUCGGUUUCACGAAGUAUCUAAAUCACUAGUUGAUACAAAGAGUGGAGUUGAUUCUAUGGCCAGAAGCACAGAGAAGCAAACAAGUUUGGACGAUGUAGCGGAUAAAUCCAAAGCUCGGGAACUGGUAGAAAUAGUUGAUCCUGUUCAUUGUAGAACAUUAACUAUGCCAGAUAGUAAUGACCCUACUAACAAGGUUGCUCGUCUUCUUUACACCAAUUCUGGGGAUGGCCUUCUGGCUCUUGGUGCAAAAGGGAUUCAGAAGCUGUGGAAAUGGAGCCGUAAUGAACAGAAUUCCAGUGGAAAGGCCACGGCUAGAGUUGUUCCCCAACACUGGCAACCAAAGAGCGGUCGUCUCAUGACUAAUGAUGUCCCAGACAAUUCUGAAGAAGCAGUUCCCUGCAUAGCACUCUCAAAGAAUGAUCAUUACGUCAUGUCUGCCUGUGGAGGAAAAAUUUCAUUGUUCAAUACGACGACUUUGAAGGGAGUGGCAAGUUUUAUGUCACCUCCACAUCCCCCUUCUUCAACCUUCCUUGCGUUUCACCCAAAAGACAAUAACAUCAUUGCAAUUGGAAUGGAAGAUGCAACUAUUCAUUUAUACGAUGCUAGAGCGGGCAAGGUCAAAUCUAUAUUGAAAGGUCACCAGAAGCGCAUUACUGGUUUAGCCUUUUCGACUCAACUGAAUAUCUUGGUUUCAUCGUCUGCUGAUGCUGAGCUUUUCUUUUGGAGCAUUGAUUCCUGGGAAGAGAAGGACUCACUAUCAAUCCAAUUGCCAGAUGGAAAUGCGCCUGUUGGUGAUACUCGAGUCUAUUUCCACUCUGAUCAAGUGCACUUACUUGUAUGCCUUGAAUCACACUCACGGCUAUUCAUAUAUGAUCCUUCAAAAAUGGAAGAGAUUCAGCAGUGGGUUCCACAAGAUGGAUUGUCUGGUUCCAUAUCCUCUGCAACGUAUUCCUGCAAUAGCCAACUAGUUUAUGUUGCUUUCACUGAUGGAAAUAUUGGAGUAUUUGAUGCUGACAGGCUGAGACUAAGAUGUCGUAUAGCUUCGUCUGCAUACCUACAUCAGACAUCAUCAAACAGCCAAAAUGUAUACCCCCUUGUUGUUGCAGCACAUCCGCAGGAGCUAAAUCAAUUUGCAGUUGGACUAUCAGACGGCUCUAUUAAGGUUAUAGAGCCCAUAGAUGGGAGAUGGGGAGUUUCAGCAUCUGUUGAUAAUGUGGUAUGCAUCGAUCUGACGUAGUUAGUGUCAGUAAUAUCAUGAAUGUCGUCCAAUAUCACUAGGUGCAUGAAUGAGGCAGCAAAGCGGAUCAUGUGGGAGUGCAUUGUGGAAAGGAACAACAGCAUUGAGAUUCCAGAUUGUUCUCUCUCAAUUUUGUGGAGUAAUCAACGGCAAGUAGAUCCAGUCAAAAGCCAAAUUAAUUGUAGGCUCAAUCAAACAAAAUGUUGGAUAUGUUUGCCUUGAAUGUUGAGGGCAUGUCAUGUACCAAAAAUUGUUUUUGUUGGUCUCUAAGUCUUGGUAGAUUUUGGCGAGAUCUGAGGUAGAUCAUUGAUUUUUGUAGCUAUAGAAAUAGUUUUUUACUAUAGAAAUUCGUUGAACAUCUGAGGCUAAUGAAAUUCGUUGA